AUGAACUCUCCAACCCUAUCUUGCAGUGCUGGAGGUACUCCGACUGUCAACACCACCGCUCCAUAUUGUGUCAUCCCUGGCGGUGCCCAGCGGAUGGAUUACUGCUGCUCUGACAAAGGUAGCGCCGUUGGUCCUGACAAUGGCAACGUUGGUCUUGUGCCCGAUUGCUACUUUUGGUGCGAACUGGUCUUCAACGGUCAGGGAGACAUCGACGACCAGUUUUCAAAUGCCAAAAAUGCCUUUUCCAACUGCCUCACCACUGGGACCAAUGCAUCGAAAUCUCUGGGCGGAAUGUCUUGCAGCAAAGGAGCCUCGAACGGUGACGCCAACGGAGGUUCUGGCGAUACACCUCCUGAGGACUCAGGGGUAACCUCGUCGAAGCACAAAAACGUCAAGCUAGCUGGGUUUACGGGAGCUCUGUUGAUUGCAGGCAUGGCGGUUGGUGUUUUGUGA